AUGGCGUCCUCAACACUCCUCACAGUAUCCUUUGUGAUGCUGCUGGGUGCUCACGCCGUCGGAGGUGCCCAUCUACACCCGCCGCGGUCCGGUCCCACGACAGAGACCCGGGAGGAGUCUGGGGGAACUUUCUCGAUACAUCAGACGAGGAACGCCCACUACAGGGGGAAGUCCGGCUUGGAGGCCAUGGUCGAUGUGUACAAGAAGUACGGCGUCGAGCUGACGCCGCAGUUGAAGAAGGCGGUUCAGAUCAAUACACAUUACGCAGCAUCUCGCAAGAGACAAACUGUUGAGGCGAUCCCUCCACAAGGCUUGGACUAUGAGUGGGUCAGUCCUGUCCAGAUUGGCACGCCGCCUCAGACGAUGUACUUGAACUUUGACUCUGGGUCUUCAGAUCUAUGGGUCUUCUCAUCGGACACACAAGCGAGUCAAGUGUCUGGCCAAUAUCUUUACACCCCCGGAAACUCAUCAACAGCCCAACUACAACCGGGCUAUACGUUCUCGAUCGGCUACGGGGAUGGUUCUGGGGCGCAAGGUCUUGUGUAUCGCGACCGGGUCGAGGUGGCCGGCUUCGUUGCGAACAGCCAGGCCGUCGAGUCAGCAACCCAGGUCUCACCCGAGUUCACCGACGACCCUUACUGUUGGGGCCUGCUCGGUCUGGGGAUGAGCGGUGGCAACACUGUGAAGCCCCAGCCGCAGCUCACCUUCUUGGACAACAUAAAGUCAUCCCUGACCAGGCCGCUGUUCACCGCCGACUUGAAGAGCGGCAAACCAGGGACGUACGGGUUCGGCUUCAUCGCGAACUCGUACUCGGGAAAUAUCCAGUACGCCCCUAUCGACCGGACAUCCAGUUACUGGCUGUUCGCAAUCACAGGGUACCGGGUAGGCCCCGCAACGAUACCAGGCAACCCCAACUCGGGCUACGUCACGUUCCCCUUCAGGGCAAUCGCAGACACGGGCACGACUCUGCUUCUGCUGCCUCAGAGCAUCGUUGAUGCAUACUGGAAACCGAUCACCGGCUCCUACUACGACGCCUCGUGGGCCGCGGUGCUGUUCCCCUGCAGCGCCGUCCUUCCGGACUUCACCUACGGGAUCGGCCUGUACAAGGGCGUCGUGCCCGGACGGUACAUGAACUAUGGAACGGUCGACGGCACCCUGUGCUAUGGCGGGCUGCAGGCCCAGGGGGGCAUCGACUUUGCUAUUGUAGGGGGUAUCGCGCUGAAGGCGCAGUACGCGAUAUUUGACCUGGGGAACAUGAGACUAGGGCUGGCGAAUAAGCCCUUGUCGAGUUGA